UCUACAAAAUCCAGUGGUUUGAAACGCCUUUCACCUCACUCCCAUUCUCCUCUCUCUCUCUCUCUCUUUCUCUAUCUGGUUCGAAUUUGAAGCCUCUUUCUCAAUCGGUCAUCAAUGGCUGCCACUAGAAUCAUGGUGUCAGCAAGCAACAUUGGCACAUCCUCGUCUUUACUCUUCAAAACCGCUGUCUCUCCAUCCUUCAAACCUCAGUGUUUAAGCUUUUGCUUCAAUAACAACACCAGAUUAGUUUCCAAGAAGAGGGCUUUCACUUGUUCGGCUCUUUACAAGCCUGAAAUCCAGAUCAAGGAGGAAGGACAGCCCGAAACCCUAGAUUACAGAGUUUUUUUCGUGGAUAAUUCUGGCAAAAAGGUUUCACCUUGGCAUGAUAUACCAUUGCACGUGGGCGAUGGAGCAUUCAAUUUUAUUGUUGAAAUUCCUAAAGAAUCGAGUGCGAAAAUGGAGGUUGCUACUGAUGAGAUAUUCACCCCCAUUAAGCAGGAUACAAAGAAAGGGAAACUUAGAUACUACCCGUACAAUAUCAACUGGAAUUACGGAUUGCUUCCACAAACAUGGGAAGAUCCAUCACUUGCAAACCCUGAGGUUGAUGGAGCAUUUGGAGACAAUGACCCAGUUGAUGUUGUUGAAAUUGGGGAAAGUCGUGGGAAUGUGGGCCAACUUGUGAAGGUCAAACCCUUAGGUUGUUUAGCUAUGAUUGAUGAAGGAGAACUUGACUGGAAAAUUGUUGCGAUUUCAUUGGAUGAUCCAAAGGCUUCACUUGUUAAUGACGUUGAUGAUGUUGAGAAGCAUUUUCCGGGCACUCUUACUGCAAUCAGAGACUGGUUCAGGGACUACAAGAUCCCUGAUGGCAAACCUGCCAACAAAUUUGGUCUUGGCAACAAAGCAGCGAAUAAGGAUUACGCUCUGAAGGUGAUAACCGAGACAAACGAGUCAUGGGCUAAGCUUGUCAAGAGAUCAACCCCAGCUGGGGAGCUUUCACUUGUCUAGAUGCAGAUUCUUAAAGAUAUUGUUAGAGUGACUUUUGAUGAAAUUUUCGACAUCAUGUGUGUCGUAACGGCGACUUGAUUUUUUUUCGUACUCGGUGAUUUAUGAUAAAAUCAUAAUAUAAAUCGAUUCAAUCAUAAAUUUGAUUUGAUAUGAAUUCAAGAGCUA